AUGCACUAUCGAAGUAUUGACGUCGGACUGCAUUCGCAAUUCGAUAUCGAAACGCUGCCCGAAUAUCGCCCCGAACCCGACAAUAUUUCUGGCUCCACCCCGCAUUAUAUCGAGGAAAAGACGUCCACAUGCAGCGUCUACAUUCCAGCCUUGCCUGGCAGCACGUUCUGGAUUAGAUACUCCGUGUCGCCGCCAGUCCCCCAAGGAUACUACUUCCUCUUCAAGCUCUAUAUUAAUGGCGUGCACAUAAUGAGCUGGUCGACUGGCAAGGAAGAGAGAUGGCAGGGCAAGACUAUGUUCGGUCUAUUUGAGAGCCCCGAGGAUGAAGAUGGCAAGAAAAGGAUAGAGAAGCGAGUACUUUGCUUUACAGCAAAAGACACUGUGGAUAUAUUUGACGAGACCGCGCGCGUCGAGAUACGAGUACAUCGCGCAGACGGAAGGAAGCGAGUCGAACGACAGACAGAGGAAUAUAAGCACACCGAGCACGCUAAGACUGGCAAAGGAAUAAGCCUCGUCAAUGCUGGACGCGCAGGACCAGAGCAGUCAAAGCGCUUUUACAAGUUCGCCCUCAUCGACCCGAUCGACCAACCCUUCGCAACGUUCCGCUACUACUACCGUAGCUGGGACCAGUUGCGAGAACUGGGAUUACUUGAACAAGAUAUCAGUGGUACUGGCGAGGAGAACGAUCUUCCUGUGAUAGAGCCACAACAAGUUAUCAUGGAUGGAACUAAGGAUGACAUCAGCACUAUCAGCAAGAAGUCGGAAGACGUGUUCCAUGACUACAAAGAGAAUUUCAACCACACCAGACGGGUCACUAGUGCUGCAGAUAUAAGAGGGCAGACUAUAAGUUCCUCUAGUCCAACGCGACCCAGGUCGGUGAAGAUGCGAAGGCCCUCGACUCAAAGAGCGUCGCUUCGUCGUGUGAAUGAUACAGAACAGCCACGCGCUUACAUUCCACGCGGUGCACCCAGCUUGAAGAUAGACACAUCUGUUAGGCAUGCAAGCGAGCACACACAACAGCGCGAUAGCUUCGUCGGUGCACCAACGCAACUCUACCGGCUCUCGAUACCACCAUCCAUCAAACUCGGACCUCCGGAGCCAGCUUCACGGCCCCUCCCUACACUUCUCAUCAAGAACGACUUUGGGGCAUCCACAUCAUACCGCCCCCAUCCAGCGUAUCCUGUAGAUGACUGGACUGUGCGCACUCCCAGCCCAGUCAAAUCAGUCCGAGACGGCGUAUCCACUCCUCCACCGGGUAGACGCAAGGAGCAGGGUCGCUCAGCUUCUGCGUUCAUGAAUGCGAUUACAUCGUCAUGGAGACGUCGAGGUAUACAGACACGGGAUGGAACGGGAGUGAUAAAGAAUACCGAAGAUGUGCAAGGUCUGCCUUGA